GAGCGCGGCUUAGUUGUGACGGUGAAUUAUUGUUGGUGAACUUGUGGCGAUUCUCUGUCCAGCACAUAAAUUUAUAUCUACUAAAAGAAAGGGCAGCAAAUGCCCUGUAGUAAAAGAAGUGAAUAUUGAAAAGCUAAAUGAAGAUCAGUGUUAAAAUUUCUUUAGAAAAAAGAUAUAAAAAGUGAAACUUAAUAGAAGUAUUAAAAAAAAAAAAUUAUGAAUUAACUAAACUAAAAAUACAAAUGUGAAAAUUGUAAUGAAACAAGUGUUGAGGUUAUAUGCAAAAUAUGGCUUGGUGUUUAUCUUAGUGGAACGCAAAGACUUAUUUUAUAAAACCAAUGUGAAACUGGCAUAAAACAUGUGUGAAUUAAUAACUCCCGUAUAUAUAACAAUAGCCACAUAAGUGAAUAAUAAGAAUAAAAAAUAGGAAAAUCAUUGUAUGCGUGGUCCAGAGAAAUUUUAUAAAUUCAAUUUCAUAAAACAUUUUGGUUUUUUAAAGAAAGUGUGAGGUCAAUAAUAAUUGCACAUACGAAAAUUUCACACUUUAUAUUAAAAAGUCUACAUUGCGCUGCCUAAAGAAGGAGUUAUAUCCACUUGAAAAUCAGAAAGAGCCCGUUUUUUUUUUAAUAGACAUUUUAUUAAAUAAAUAUAUAAAAACAGCAUACACUUUCAGAAUUUAAUGUACUUUAAUAAUCGGUGAUUCAUGUUGAAAAACUUUGAAUUCCUUUUAUCCCGCAACCUGCUGGAGGAUCUCGGAAAAAAGUGUAUAUUAUAUAAAAAGUGCAUUUGCAACCAUGGUUGAGCUUGAGAAGGAUGCACAGGACAAUGGUGGUGAUACUUAUCGUGAAAAUGAUGUCGCUUCGCGUUUGCUCGAUAAUGGCAACGUCAAAGUUGAAAACACAAAUGGUGUACAAAGUAAAGAAAAACAGGAUCUGGAUACGGAUCCAACGAUGACCGAAGAAAUUAAUAAAUUAUUAAGAGAUAUGCCAUUAACGGAUGACUUGACCUGCGGUUUUUGGAUAUUUAAAGGACGCUUCUUUCAAAGAUUUGCGAAUCAAACGGCCUAUGUGUUACUCUAUGGCAUUGUGGGUUGUGUUUUCUCAAUGACAUAUGCUUACUUCAAUGGCACAAUUACAACCAUUGAGAAGCGCUUUAAAAUACCAUCGAAAAAUACCGGUAUCAUAUCGGUGGGUAAUGAUAUUAGUCAAAUGAUGGUCUCAGCGGUGCUUAGUUAUUAUGCGGGUAAAGGACAUCGACCGCGUUGGAUAGGAUUUGGUCUCUUAACAAUUGUGGUCUUCUGUUUAAUGACUGCAUUGCCGCAUCUACUUUAUGGACCUGGUGAUGAUGCGCUGGCGUUAACUGCAGAGUUCGGUGCACAACCCGCCGAAAAUGCGACCCUGGAAGCGAUUGAAAAACAAGGCUCGAAGACAUUAUGUCGCCUGAAUGGCGGUGGUGCCGAGUGUGAGAUAGGUGAAGGUAAUUUAGCUCCACAACUGGUACUGUUCGUUGCACAAUUCAUCUCUGGGAUUGGUGGAUCUCUAUACUAUACUUUGGGUGUUUCAUAUAUGGAUGAUAAUACAAAGAAGUCGCGUACACCAGUUUUGCUCAGCUUAUCUUACUUUCUACGCAUGUUAGGACCAGCAUUCGGCUAUGCGCUUGCUUCCUUCUGCCUACGCGUCUAUAUCGCGCCAAAUUUGCGACCGGUUAUUAAUAAUAAAGAUCCACGUUGGUUGGGCGCUUGGUGGUUGGGUUGGCUGGUCAUUGGUGCUAUGAUAUUUUUUUCGGGUAUCUUCCUUACAAUGUUCCCAAAGCAAUUACCACGUGCUAUGGCAAGACGUAUGGUCGAAGAGGAGCGUCGUAAGCGUUUUUCAUUGAAGGAAAAUGCAGAAAAUGGCAUCAAAGAACCAACAGAGAAGCAUAAAUUGACCGCUGAAAUGGAGGAGAAACCGAGUGAGGACGCCAAAGCUUCAUUUUGGGAUAUGUUGACGACUUUCAAGCGACUUAUAAGAAAUAAAACCUUGAUGUGUAAUAAUUUCUCAUCGGUUUUCUAUCUUUUCGGCUAUACACCAUAUUGGAUAUUUACACCGAAAUAUAUUGAAAUACAGUAUCGGCAAUCGGCAGCGACUUCAAGUUUGGUGACUGGUACAGUUGCGUUGGCUUUCUCCGCAGCAGGUAUUUUGCUAUCGGGCUUUGUAAUAUCACACUAUAAGCCCCGUGCCCGCUAUAUGGCCGCUUGGAAUGUGAUUGUGGGUUUCUUGACCGUAGCUGGUAUCCUGGCAUAUGCAUUUAUCGGCUGCCCUGGUAAUGAACAAUCGGUUAUCGUCAAUAUACAUGACAGCGCUUUGAAUAGCACACCUACCUGUAAUUCUGUAUGUCAUUGUGAUUACGUGCGCUACUCACCAGUAUGCGGAGAGAACAAUAUGACUUAUAUCUCGCCAUGUCAUGCGGGUUGUAAGAAGCAAUACAAAACUGCCAGUGGAAGAAAGAUUUACUAUGAUUGCUCUUGUAUACCGAAUGACAGACGUCUCACCGUUAUGGAUUUAAAAUCAAAGGAAUUAGAGGUUGAUGAGAAUUUCACUACAACGGUAAUGCCCGACGAGUUGUCCAGCACAACAGUGGCGUCGACUCUACCUACAACGCUGAGCACGACACCUGAUGUUCUACUUGGCGGUCAGGCUAUAACUGGCGCCUGCCCGGUAAACUGUUUCGCUCAAUUCGUCACUUUCCUAUCGGUGAUGUGUUGUUUGAAAUUUGUCGGCGCUACGGGGCGCGCUUCGAACUUUUUAGUGUCUGUUCGUUGUGUUUCUGAAAAGGACAAAACGGCUGCAAUGGGUUUCGGCAUGAUGAUGAUGUCGAUGUUAGCAUUUAUACCCAGUCCGAUCUUCUUUGGUUGGGUGCUUGAUCGUCUUUGCCUGGUGUGGGGUAAAACGUGUACGAACAAGGGCAAUUGCUGGCUUUAUGAUCCUGAAUCGCUAAGAUACACUCUCAAUAUAACCGCUUCGGUAUUUGUUGCUAUAGGCGCUCUGUUCGAUUGGGGUGUUUGGUAUUAUGUAAAAGAUCUGAAAAUCUUUGACGAAGAGGUGAAAGAUUUCGAAAUGAAAGUUGUGCAGCAUGAGGAAGAAGUGAAUUCAAUAAAAGAUUUGGAAGCAUAACCUAAAUAGAAUAGGGUAUAAUUCGUUGUAUGAAAGUAUUGGUCUGUUUGUGUGCGUCUAGUUUGGUUGUGAGUGUGGUUGACGUAUAUACUAAGUAUAAUGUAUGUGUUUUUUUUUUAAUAAAAAGUUAUAUAGUUGCAAAUACAUUUAGUAAAUAUCGAGCUCAUUUUGUAUAUAAACUGCAGGAGUAAAACAAAAGAGUAUGCUAACUUACCAAAGUUUGUGGUAAAUAAUUUUGUAAAUUUAUAACAAGUAUAUUGUAUAUAUUUAUGUGAGUUCUUUGUUGUACUUUAUGAUAAAUAAAUACAUUCUGUAUUAUAACUCUGUAUCAAUAUUUAGUUGUGUACAAUUUGUAGAUGUCUAAGAAUGAAGUAUUAAUAGCUAAGUUUUAUGUAUCAAUCCAUCAGUUUAAGGUAAGUUUAAUAAUUGUACAUACAUACAUUCAAAAAUACAUUUACUACAUUCUCAAUAAAAUAAGAA